AUGUCCAAAUCAGCUCUCCGCCAGGCCAAGAUCACGCCUCACCGGUCCAGCGCCCGCGGGCACAGCGACCACGGCUGGCUCAACACAUAUCACAGCUUCUCCUUUGCUGACUGGUACAACCCCAAGUUCACGCACUUUGGCUCUCUGCGAGUCCUGAACGAGGACCGGGUCGCCGCAAACUCGGGGUUCCCCACGCACCCGCACCGGGACUUCGAAAUCUUCAGCUACAUUCUCUCGGGGGAGCUGACGCACCGCGAUUCCAUGCUGGCCAAGGGCAAAGAGGGCGGCCAGUCGGACAGUUUCUACAGAAUGCACAGAGGAGACGUGCAGUUCACCACCGGCGGCACCGGCAUUGCGCACUCCGAGUACAACGAGCACGAGUCGGACACGGUGCACUUUUUGCAGAUCUGGGCUCUACCCUGGAGGAAGGGCCUGCAGCCGCGCUACCACACUCGUCAUUUCAGGGACGAGGACAAGCGCAUCGACUUUGUCAAGAUUCUCAGCCCGCUCAAAGGCGGCGAGGCGGCUACCGCACAGCAGGAGGAGGAUGCCCAGGGGGUGAUUGCUGAUACUAUUCCCAUCCACGCAGACCUUGUCAUGGGCGCGGGCAUCAUUGCUCCGGAGACAAGGUUUGAAUGGGUGGUUGGCGCAAAUGCCACGCAGCAGAAGGAGAGGGAGGUAUAUGUCCACGUGGCCAUGUGCAAGGGAGGCAAGGCCAAGGUUCGGUUGGAUGGGAGGGAGGAAGCCGACCUGGCAGAGGGCGACGGGGCGUUUGUCGAGGGCGUCAAUGCAGGGGACAAGUUGUCUGUCGAGAGCAUCGGCUCCGAAGAGGCAGAGGUUGUGAUUUUGGACACGGCUUGA